AUGCUCAACGCGACGGUCUUGAAUGGACCUGGGUUGAUACUCACGACUGGCAAGUUCUUCAAACUGACCAAGACCGACUUCAGAUGUUGUAUUGACAAGACGAGCAGCGCUGAGCUAUCAGAAGCUAUCAACUCCAUGUUCCGCUGGUAUCAGAAUGCAGUAGUAUGCUAUGCCUUUCUAUCUGAUGUACCGAAUUGCGUGGAUAUAUCAGCCGUGGACUCGCCAUUCGCCAAGAGCCGGUGGUUCACCAGAGGCUGGACACUGCAAGAGCUUAUUGCACCAAGCAAUCUGAUAUUCUUCUCCAAGGAUUGGGAACAGCUUGGGACCAAGGCCAUGAUUCAUGCUGUGCUAUCGACCAUCUCCGGAAUCGAAAAGGAUUUCCUGAGCAGCGAGAAUCUCGAGCUGGCUAGUGCUGCUAAGAAGAUGUCUUGGGCAGCGUCAAGGAAGACAUCGCGCACCGAAGACAUGGCAUACUGUCUUCUCGGGAUAUUCGAUCUCAACAUGCCACUUAUCUACGGGGAGGGUAAGAAGGCAUUCAGGAGACUUCAGGAGGAGCUGCUUAAAAGUCGGCCUGGUGAUCACACCAUAUUUGCUUGGGGUACGAUUGUGUCAUCACCAUCGAUCAAGAUUACUAACCUCGGUCUCUAUCUGGACGAGGAACCAGUUCCAUUAGCCCAGAGCACUACCUACCAACCUCUCUUGAGUCUCUUAGCAGAAUCUCCACAGGACUUUGCUUCUUCUGGCGGCUUCUCUCCGCUUCCCCUUAGCAGCGUCUUCUAUCGAGGCGGAACACAGCUUGCUUCGUUUCCAGUGGUGGUUGAUGGAGGUGUUCGUCUUGAUUUGCCCGUCGUUGAUGCCUUCGACUCCAUAUACCACUGGAAGUCGCCCGAGAUCGAGCAGAUCCGGACCGCUAGGGUUGUAGCACUGCUUUGCUACCACGAAACGAACCGUAAUAGUUUCCUAAAGAUCCCAGUCCAGCGCUGGGGCACUGAGUACUUUGGCCGAACCAGGGAAAUGAUGAUUGAGUCUGACCCUACCAAAUACAAUGUUUUCAGGAAUCGACAGACGAUUACUGUAGCCACAGAGCGACGACCUCUCCUUCAUACUGGUGACGCCAUCAGCAGGAGACAUCUCUUCCCGAGAUCCAGCCUAUGCGAAGGCUCGGUCUCGGAAUUCGCCGACACAUCAAACGACGAUGCUAUCAUAGAGGCACGCAAAUUUCGGGCAUACCCUUGGUUCGGGUACUUUUACGGAGUCCAAGAUCUAGGCGGAAAGCAUGGUUUCGCGAUUAGAUUCAGUCGCACUGCUAAGGUGAGCGAGUUUGGAGAUGCACUUCUUGUGGAGUUGAUUCCGGCGAGCAUUGGAGGAGACGACGAUGAUCCUUAUUUCGACAAUCUUGAAAUGAGGUGGUGGGAUCCGAUGGAGAUGCAAGAUGCAAAAUCGGUUCACUCGCAUAUCAUGCGUAUACCUUUUGACAAGUGGGAGCUUAACGCAAAACCAUUUCCUGCGAUUUCUAUCAAGGCUGAAAGGAUGCCACUUGAUGUGAGUCAGUCUUAUGUCGAUGUCCUCGAUAUAGUGGUUUGGCCAGUGAGGGAUUCCAACGACCGCUUCAGAACACUGUCGAUUAUAGAUCGCUGA